AGAUUUAAUCUUUUAAAAUACUCCUGUCCCACCGGGGGUGUCAAAAUUCGUCGUACAGUUAAUCCCCUUUUAUCUCUUGACCACUCAUGCCACUUGCAAAUUUUCAUGACUCACGAAUAAUUUGUUCGCCACGAUGUUCAAAGGUGGUCAAGCGAUUGCCGCUAUACGUGGGAAGAUUUUGACGCUAGCUCAGCGGAAUGCCGCGGAAACAGAUCGAAAAUCUCUAUUGAAGGCUUUACUGAACCCAAAUAUCAAAGUCGGCAGACCUUUGACUCUCUCAUCGAAAUGGCUGAAGCUAGAGGGUUUGAAAAUAACGCUAACCGGAGAUCGAGUGAAGUUGGCUAAGCGGCUAGCUCUGCUUGGCCUUUCUGGCACCGUGUUUUACGCAGCUUUCGAUUCGAAUUUUCGGGCGGCAAUUUAUGACCCAGCUUUAGAUCCCUUCAUCGCUGGAUUACCUUCACUACGGACUGUUUUCGGCCAGGACUGUCCUUGUCCACCUCGAUUAGAAAUCAAAGAUGUGACAUGCGGAGACGAUUGCCCGCAGUUGGACUGCUGCAAUCGUCCCCCGAUUCCAUCUGGUCUCCCCAACAUCGACAUGCCCAAGAAGGUGUGCAAAGUUGAUGUGCCUUCAUCUCCUCCGUGUCCUGACAUCUGCCUGGAAAGCACUGAAUACUGUUGCACAGAUUCCGCGGCAUUUCGGGAACUUCUGAAAUGCGAGCUAAACAAAUUGCUCACAAUGCUUGAGGAAGAGCGAUGCUGUGCUAUCCAACAAUAUCAACAGUCUGAUCAGAUGCUUGCUCAGCAACGAGAAUACUGUGCUCAGGUUAUCGCGGAAGCCGAACGAUGUGCCGAAUCCCAGAAGUGUGAAGCAUUUGAACGAAUCGACGAAGCGGAACGUCGUGCCCGAGAACUGAAAGAAGAUGCUGAGCGUAGAAUAAAGGAAGCCGAGCAGCGUGAACUAGAAGAACGUUGCCGAAUGGAGCAGAAAAAGUUGGAUUUGUUGAACCAAGCUCUUGAAAUGCAAGUGAGGGAAGCAGAAGCUCACAUGUCAGAUGCUGUCCGAACCGCGAUUUACUCGGAAAAAGACGCAGCGAGAGCUAUUCGGGGUCACGUGAGUGCCUUGUGUCGUGCCGUGUCGAAGGAUUGUGGUGACAUGAGUGACAUGAGCUUGUGGGCGCCAGUUUGCGAGGCUGCCACGUGUCGAAUGUGUGCCGUGCAGAAAUCCAUGGAGGCUUCGUGUUGCGCCCGGAAGAAAAUAGACUUCUAUCGUCGUGUGGUUUCUGACGGACGUCGUUGCCGGGAGGUUUGCGAUAAUCCCAUCCUGUCCCAGGCAGAGGAUAAGAUCAAUCAGGCGAACUGUCAGUUGGAUGCCGCGUUUGAGGAGACUCGUAGGGCUUUGUGUGAUGUGAAAACUAUGGGACCGUGUCAAUCGGCAUUCAUGUGCUGGGCCCGUAAACGAACAGCGAUGGAAGAGCAAUGGCGUCGUUGUCCAGAGACGCGACCGAAUACGUGCGAUAUCUCUGAAUGCAUUCCAGAAUUGGAAGAACUCUACCAGACCAUGGCUAAAGAUCUGCUGUGUGAGUUCCUUGCGAAAGAGGCAGCUAAUCCGUGCUGCCGACAGCCACCUCCGUGCCCACCACCUUGUCCUCCCCCGUGCCCACCACCAUGUCCUCCACCAUGUCCGCCUCCGUGUCCAAGACCGUGUCCACCACCAUGCCCACCACCUUGUCCACCACCAUGCCCACCGCCGUGUCCACCACCUUGUCCACCGCCGUGCCCCAGGCCAUGUCCGCCACCUUGCCCGCCGCCAUGUCCUCCACCGUGUCCACCUCCGUGUCCUCCCCCGUGCCCACCACCCUGUCCUCCGUGUCCGCAGAAGCCGAGUGAAGCCGAUUGCGGACCGAAAAAAGAUUGUCCUGCAGAUCCGGAGAAGAAAUGCCCACCUGGCCUUGACUUCGGGGUCAAAGAUUGCCUUAUGCCUUCGGGUUUCUUACGUAGCCGUGGAAUUGGUGACAAUUUGAACGCGCAAUCUGAUUUUUAUGACGAGAAGAAUCGUCCAUCCCGGGAGAGUGCAAGUCUGAACGAAUCUCCGAUUGCGAAGAUGCUCGGAUCUGAUGAAGCGCCGAAAGAUGGCGAAAAAAGGCGCAAAUUUUUCAACUGGCCAAGUUCACUCGGCCGACGAUUAGUCCUCGGCGCUGGGGCAUUUACCACAGUUUCACUAUUUGGGACUGUGGUUUAUUGCAAUUUUGAUGAGCUUUUCCGAGCAUCGUUGGAAAGCAACUUGCCAUUUUCUUCCUCCGUCCUUACUACUUUCCUCGGUCCUCCGCAGAAAGAUGAUGGAAACAAGAAUGCAUUCACCGAUUUUUGGGAUAAGACUAAGAAGAAGUAUCAUGAAGGCAUUGGUAGUGUGAAAGAUAAAUUAGGUAUUGUUGGAAGUGGCGGCUCGGAGUCCGGAAGUACGCCUCCGGAUAAAAGCAAGAAAACCGUUGCAUCUCCGUCACCGAAGUCCUCUGACGAUGAAACAUGUUGCUGUGUGACCCAACCGCCGUGUCCCGCGAUCGUCGAACCGUGUCCAAGUGAUGAGAACAGUGCUCUUACGAAUUUACACGAGAAGUUCAACAGCGAAAUUCAAUCCUUGGGUAAAAUUUUCUACGAAUUCGUGACUGUUUAUGAGUGGCUCUUUCGAAGUGAGGAACGUUCUCGUGCCGAGUGCAUCAUGCGCCAAGCAGAAAGCGAAGCACAAAAUCAACGUCUCGAAUGUGAACGAAUGCUCGAAGAUGCACUUCGCAAGGCGGAAGCUGAAAAGCGCGAAGCCUGCCAACGCAUUGCGGAAGCUGAGCGUAAAGCAGAUGAAAUGAAGGAAGCGUGCGAGAAGAAGGUGCGUGAAGCUCGUCAGCAGGAGUGUGAAGAGCGCCGGAAACGCGAAGAGAAGCGAAGAGCAGCGUUGAACGCCGCUCUCGAGGAACAAGUGAAUGCCGCUGAAAAAUGCAUGAGGAAUGCCUUUACGGCUGCUGUGGAGUCCGAAGCUAGGGCUGCCCAUGCCAUUCGAGAGCAUAUCAGAGUGCUGUGUGAAGUUGUUGGCAAAGCUGCGGAUCCCUGUGCUGAAGGAGAUAUCUGGAAGGCAGUCUGUGAAGAAGGACAACGUAGGCAAUGUCUCGAUUGUGGAGAGAUCUGUGACAAUCCGAUCCUUUGUGGUUAUGAAGACAAGAUCCGCGUUUUGGUCGACGAGAUGGAAGAGGCCACGGAGUGUACCCGACAGGCCCUUCGAGAAGCUCAGUGUUUGGAGGAGUGUGAGGACAGUGUGGAGAGAGCCUGGUGUGCGUUUCAGAACAAAUUGUCUUGCAUCCUUCCCGAUGCACAAGGUGCUUCCACGGAUGAUUUGUCAAAGAACCAGAUGAUCGUAAUGCUGGUGAACACGUUUUAUCGGCUGCGAGAGCUGGAGAAGCAGUUGGAGAAAUUGAAGUGUGCGAGAAACGAUGAAGUCCGUUGUUCAGUUGACGAGGGCGAAAAGAGACAUAGAUGUGAACUAGAAAAAGCUCGACAAGAUUGCAACAAUGCUUUGGCCAAAUUGGAACAAGAAUAUAAGUGCAAGAUGGAAGAACUACGUUGUGAGAUGGACAGACAACUGAGAAUUCAGCUUAAACGGCAGUCCGCGGCUCACGCGGAACAUUUGCAGGAUGCUUUGAUGGAACAGCAGAAGAGUUUCGAGCGUCGUUGGGAUUCCGCAUUCGAAGAUGGUCUGUCGACGUCGAAGCGAACUUACCUGUCGAAAAUGGCUGAGGCCCAAAGCCGACUGGCGGGCAUCAAAGAAGCGCUUUUGAGUCGCGCUCAGGUAGAAAAGAUGUCGAAGACGGCACAGGAACUGUGGCUGGCAUGUGCUGCCCUGAAGCAACGAUUGAAGUGCAGUGAAUUGACAGCUGGCAGUUGGAGCGAUCGAAUCAAACCUCUCAUGGAGGAGGUGGACGCUAUUGAAGUUUCAGCUGUUGAAGACGAGUUCGUGCAGAGCGUGUUGCGAUGCAUCCCGAAGACGGCUAUUAAGCGAGGCGUGCUGCCCGAGGACGCGCUGAAGGAGCGCUUUGUGGACGUGUGCAGUGCGGCCCGGAAAGUGGCCCUGGUUGGCGAGAACGGUGCCCCAUUACCCGUGUACAUCCUAUCAUCGCUGAUGAGCAUGCUUAUGGUUCACUCGGAUCGCUCCAUCAGUGUGGAAAGUGCCGAUGCUCCGAUCGACGUUGACUCUCUGGCCACUCAUGACAUUUUAGACAGAGCCAAGCCUGGUUCUGAUAGUUUUGAUUUGCCGAUUUUGACAAGGAUACCUUUACUAUUGAUCGCCCACGUGGGGGAGUUUCGGAAGUGCGCAGCUGUGCGAACAUACGGGUUGGCUGUUGAAGCCACCCAUGCGACGCGGAGUCCAGAAUCUCCUGUCGGGUUCCGAGAUGUACCCCGUGAAAAUCUCGGGUGCCGUGAAGCGAAGGUCGAAGAAUAUUACUUGCGAAUUAAAUGCAUCGCGGCCGAAAAGUUCCAGGCGUGGAAGGAGAAAAAGAAAAAAGAUGUGGAAACGCAUUAUACAUCCUCGGAAAAGUACUCUUGA